AUGGGUUUGUACGCGGAAUGGCCGCUUCUCGAAUUCACUCCGCUGAGCAGCACUGCACAGACAUCUUCAUUAUCGCUCUUCUCAAAAGGAACAGGUGAUAAUGUAGCCGAGCUGUUGGUGCGCGAAAUUGCCGAGAAUUUGAAAGGUGCAGGGACGGUGGCUGGCUUCAAAAUUGAUACCGAGGAGCAGUUAUCGUGGAUUUUACAGGUAUUGUCUCACUCUCUCACACUGUCAUUUUCGAACAACAGAGAAUAUGAGACACUGCGUUCGGCUGUUUCUAUCUACUGUACAUGGUUGGGUGCGCUGUCGAAAGAUGCGUCACAUGCAGCACGUCUUCCCGUUCCGAUGAAACGUGAACCAGCAAAAUACAUCCGGUACGUUCUGUUGUAUUGUCGUUAA